CUUACAUCAACAACAGACGAAAGUGAACUGGCAUGAGACAGCCGGAGAAAAAAAAGAUCUCUCGUGGUCUUAUUUGGCUCUUCUUUACACCCUGAGUGCUGCUUGUGAUUCUUUGCUUAAAAAUUGUUCAGCUUUGUAGCCAAAUUAGGUGAACGUUUGCUCUUUUGUUCUUCCAAAAGAUACCCUCAAGUUCUCUAAGAGCAGGCAGAAAUUUACAACUCAGUUGAGGAUAUUGAUUUAGGACUCUGCACGGCCACCUGAUGCCAAUGGCUUCGUCAGAAGAAAAUCAGCAAGGCCACCAUAUUGUUCGCGCAGAUGAGGUUGAUCAGACGGGGACAGAUAUAUCGCCUGUCCCAGACGAGCAGCUCAUGCCGAGUCUAUUCCGCGAUUUCAAAGAAGAAUUGUCUAGAAAACAGGAUGAAGAGUUUCCAGAGUUUCCCCAGCGUCAUCAAAGACAGCCGGCGCGUCCGGAAUUGAGGCGCGAUGCAGUUGCACCACCACCACCGCUGCAACCACCCCCACCUGCCCCGGCUCCAGAGAGUUUGGACCCCGCGACCGACUCUUUAAGCCUGGCUCAAUUGCGGAAAAUUGUUCAGGACCUUCCCAAAGCUGAACAGCAGCCCGCGUAUGCUUUCAGCUACGCGGAUUGCCAGCCCUUCCCGGAAGAGUUGGAUGAAUGGUUUCAAUAUAAUGAAUCUGAUCGGCUGCUCCUGCUUGGAUCAAAGGAUUCGUUUGAACAAAACUGGUCUCACUUUACUUGUUCGCUUCCAGAAGGCAACGGGUCGGAAAUUACGUGGCUCAAUGCCACCGAAGAUUUGAAAAAAACUUAUCUCGGUGACACAAUCUCGACUGUGUCAAAGGGAGUUGAUAUCCUAGCACGAAUUGAAGCUCUCCAAAACAUCUGCUAUCUUGUUACUGGCGUCUGGGGUGUUACAGCGGGAAGGGCCACUGAUGACUACCCCCAGGAACCAACCGAAACAGAGGCGGCUGAAAUGCCUAAAGAAAGGUCGUUACAAAUUCAAUGGAUAGAGAGAAACGUGGACCUUUUUCAGCAGGUCAAUGGAUUGCCUAUACUAUUUAGCUACUUGCAGCGCGUCUUUGACAGUGACAAAAUGGCUGGUGAUGAUGUAAAGGUUUUCAAUGGAGAAAACAAUACAGCAGCAUAUUUUGCGGCACGGGAUCGUGAGGUCAAUUUAAUUCUCACUAUUUUUUAUUUCCUUGUGGAAGUUGCCCGGAGGCAGGAGAAACUUCGCCCUGAUAACCCUCAAUUAAGAGAGUGUUUUGCUGCAUUGAACCCGAGCUAUCUCGUCGUGAUCGCCCAGAUCAUUGCGGGGUUGCGCUGGGAAGAUGUCACAAAUUUUCCGUUGACAAGACUUAUUGUCCUGUUCUGGAAAUCUGUUUUGCUGCUCUUUGGCGGCUCCAAUGACCUCCAUCGUGCUAAAACGGUAUUGGAACCAGAGUACGAUGAGAAGCAAAUCAGCUCGAAUUCACCGCUACCAGUUUUGACAGCUUCUCCUCUCGACUACCAUGCAUUUCGACAGGAACUUACAUCAAAAUAUCCCGCUUAUAAUCCCCCCCCUCCCCUUUUUCCUUUAGAGCUGGAACAUAAUUCAAUCCUUCCUCCAUUUCCUAACGUAUCUAAUCGAGUUAAUACGCCGACACUGUUUUCAGGCACCUCCGUGUCCUCCGUGUCAGGUAAUGGCUCAAUACUUCACAAAUCCGUUCACAUCGCAACGCCGGCACCGUCUCCUCCUCCUUCACCUGGUGGGCCAGGAAAAGCCGGCAAAAAGCAGAACUAUCAGACAAACCAGAAUUUUCCCUUCAUGUACCCUCCGCUUGAUAGCACAAGCAACAAUAUCGGUGGAAAAGGCUCGAGCGUCCUUCAAGACGUGUUGGUGGGUCACAAGUGGGAAGGCAGUGAUGUCCCGUCAUCGAUCAUCGAGGCAGGGAAGCUGUUUUCCAGCAGGAUGCGCAUGACAAGAGCCCUUAAACAGCUCUGGGAUGAGCGCGAGAAGUUUAUGAAGUACGAUAGGGGUUGGGAUGCGAAUGAAACUCUUAGGAGGUCCAAUGAGGAAGCCUCGUCUUCCGUUGAGAGGUCUCCAGGAGAGGCGACGCCGCCGGCAAAGCAAACUGAAGACAAAGACGUACAGCGGCGUUUGGAUGCAGUUGAGAGCUUUUAUAGCCAAAUAUUGCCGCAUCUCCAAUCCAUUGUCAUUGUCCUGCUCAAGGAAAUAUUAACAAAUAUUACUGCGACAGCUGGUCAUUUAAAUGGGAAUGGUCAAAAUGGGCAUAAGCCGGGAAUGAUGACGAACGGAACAAGGGAAUCUCAAGUUCCAUCUAAUGAUGUCUCAGAGAGCCUGGACGACCUUGAUGCUGUUAGAUGCCGCGAAAUCAAGUCGAAGGCCAUUUCGGGCACACUAUUGUUAUUAUUGAAGUGGUUUAAAAGAUCCCAUGUUUUACAAUUCGAAUAUAUGACGCAGCUGUUGCUUGAUUCGAAUUAUUUACCAUUGAUUCUAAAAAUGUUUAUACACGAAGAUGUCGAUAAAGCUGUAGCCAAGAGGAACGACCGCGACGACCUAAGCUUUUUCCACUUUUGCCACAUUCACUCGGACCAGGCACCGCAGCCUUCUGCGUCACCUGAGCCAGAACGGGUAGAGGAUAGCGAAGAAGAAGCGGUGCCUCCUCCAAUCUCUCGAAGCCGAUCUUCAUUAUCGGUACUCAAUAUUUCCGCAGCCCCCAGUGAGAGAAGUCAAGAUUCACAGGCGCUUGCAGAAGGCCCAUACCUCCCUGAAGUUGACGAAUUAGGCUUUCCAACUGCGCCUCUCCCUGAUGCGCCCAUCACUGAGUUUUCCUUUAGGAAUUUCUUUUCCGCGAUUAAUUACCUACACAUCAUGCAAAAGAUCACCCGAAACAAAGCUCACCGAUGCCUUCUUCUCGUACAAUAUAAAUCCAGCGCUGUCCUACGCAAAGGGAUUAAGAUCCCUAACCCUCAUCUCCGCCUGUACACAUUGAAAUUAUUUAAAUCCCAAGUCCCUUACUGCGGUCGCAAAUGGCGUCAAACUCAUAUGCGCAUUAUCACUGCGAUUUAUCUUUACUGCCGUCCAGAGUUGCGUGAUGACUGGCUCGCUGGUGCGGACAUUGAUGCCGAAGUGGAAGACUCACUGCCGAUGGAGCAAGCCUUGAGAGGGUUGACGCAUUGGUGGCAUUUAAGACGCUACAAGGAUGCCAUGGCUGUGGAAGGAGGCCAGGCAAUGAUGGACGAAGAGAGAGAUUUCUUCUCGCGAGAACUGGAGAAUAUGGGUUGGGGUUUGGUAGAAGAGGACGGUGAUGUCGGCGCUGUGGAGGACGGAAACGUUGGUUCUGCAAUGCCCGGUGGUGCUCCCAAUCAGCUGGAAGGUGCCCCGUUACAAAUGGAGUCAUAGGACAGGAUGUUUGGGAAAAUUCGACCUAUUCGCCGCACUCUC